AUGUGCCAUACCGUAAUCGCUCAGCGGAUGUGCAAGGUCUGCCACCGUAGCCUCGGCGAGACGGUCAUCGACUUCACCCGCUGCGCUCGUAAAUGCUCGAGCCCCUUCUACUGCCUCACACCCGAACCUCAGAUGGAGCUAUGUAACGUCUGUACCGCGACAGCGACCCUUUCCACACCGGUACUCGCACAGCAGGCCAUCGAGGACACGUCCACAGCCGCCGCCGUCGCCGCUGCCGCUGCUGCCUCGGCCGGCACGAGUCUCUACGAGAGUCCCUUUGCCAAGGCGGCGACGUAUCCUGGCCCAACAGUCACUCGGCAUACUGCUGCCCAUUGA